AUGGACGUGUUUGGCAGCAAGGUGGCCCAGGUCCACGUGCAUCGCGAGCAAGGCCUGGAGAAUCUGCGGCCGGGUGCCUCGAUGCGAACCGCUCUGACGGGCAGCGUAAAGCGUGGCUUCGAGCGCCGCGAUCCCAGCAGCGCCGACAAAGCUGCCGCCGGAGUGAAGUCAGGCAAGAAGCGCAAGCCCGAGAAGGCGGGUGCCACCCCAAGCGGCCCCAAACGACCACGCACAUCAUGA